AUGACCCCGAAACUGACUCAUUCUACGUGCCCUGGUGAGAUUGGCUCGAAUAUUGUAAACUUAUAUGUCAACAAAUAUGCUGAGACGGAAAUGUUUGUAGCAGCGAUGAGUGGCAACAAUCCAGACAACAUUCUUGUGAAGCACCUAGUCGGAAUCUGUAUCUACAAAGAGCCAUUACAACUUAUCAUGGAUACUGUAGACAGCAUCGUGUCCCAGCCAGACGCGAAGUCGAAAAUCACCUGCGUCGUCGGCAUGGAGGGCGGCACUCCUGAUAAGGAAGAGUAUAUACUUCUGACAGUCGCCCGUAUUUACUGGGAAGUACUUCAGAAAAAGCGGCUGCUGCAUGAGAAGUACGAGUCCCGAUUCGAUCGUUUUAUCGUAACUUUCCAUCCUAAAGGACUUCCUGGCGAUAUUCCUGGCAAAUGCUCAAAUUUCAACUACUCAUGUCGGCAAGCUAUCAAACAACUGCGGCUAGAUAAAAAUUAUCCCCUGGAUAAGUCAGAACGCAAAGUCGAAUUGUUGGUGACAACCGGUGACUGUGACUCAAUUUUCGGAGAACGAUACUUUGACGCUUUGGAAGAGGAUUACUUGAAACUCAGUGAAGAGAAUCGGCAGUGUACUGUAUGGCAGUCACCACUGUUCUACUGCAUCAAUCUUCACAAGUCACCAUUUUUCGUGAGGGUCACUGGGUUACUAAGGGCUUUCUUUAUGAUGGGAUAUCUGAUACCAUGGAAUAUAAACACGAUGAGUAUUUUCUCGCUAACUCUUAAACUUCUGGAAGAUGGCGAAUACACUCAUCCAGGAUAUCAGAUGGAUGACAUCAUCGCUUUAAUCCGAUGGUCAUUAUCAGUAAGAAGGAAAUGCGUCAUCCGAGCGAUUCCAGUGGCAACCCUCAGCGGACCGACAAGUGGUAAAAACUACAUCGACGAAUGGUACGAAUGGGCACGUCAGGUGUUUCACUAUUUCGUCAUCAAAUUUUUCCAACUUCCUGCGAUGGUUUCGUUUUCAUUUGCCGCUAAAUUUGUCUUCUAUUACGGAUUUCUUCUUUGUAUUGCGUCCGUGUACACAAUAGUAGCACCUUUAGUGACGCCUGCGAUGCUUUCGGCUGUUAACCAUGGAGUUUGGGGACUGGUCAUACCCUCACAGGAUGUGUUCACAUGGAUUAUGCUCGGAUUUCUUGGAUUACAGUAUUUCUGGUUUUUCUGUGUAUUUCUUGUCAGCUACUUAUGCCAACCUGUAUUUCCGAAUGGAGCCAAAGACAAAACGGGGAUUAUUCGUAACGUUUUUCAUCUUAUAAUGACAUGGCCAACUAUUACCAUGUAUUGCAUUGUGGAGUUGGUGGCUUUUCUAGAGGUGACGGUACGAGGAAAAUCUGUCUGCUCUCACAACGCCUCUAAAAAGGAUAACUUGGUCGCACCAGUCACGACAAUACCGGAUAGGAUGGAAGUCUAG